GGCGCAGUGCCGCGCAGCCCGCUGGCUCACACAAAGCCCAGACGCGGAGAAAAUGGCGGCAGGGGUCGAAGCGGCGGCCGAGGUGGCGGCGGCGACGGAGCCCAAAAUGGAGGAGGAGAGCGGCGCGCCCGGCGUGCCGAGCGGCAACGGGGCCCCGGGCCCCAAGGGUGAAGGAGAACGACCGACUCCGAAUGAAAAGAGGAAGGAAAAAAACAUAAAGAGAGGAGGAAAUCGCUUUGAGCCCUAUGCCAAUCCAACGAAAAGAUACCGAGCCUUCAUCACGAACAUACCUUUUGAUGUGAAAUGGCAGUCACUUAAAGAUCUGGUGAAAGAAAAAGUUGGUGAGGUAACAUACGUGGAGCUCUUAAUGGACGCGGAAGGAAAGUCAAGGGGAUGCGCUGUUGUUGAAUUCAAGAUGGAAGAGAGCAUGAAAAAAGCCGCUGAAGUUCUAAACAAGCAUAGUCUGAGUGGAAGGCCACUGAAAGUCAAAGAAGAUCCUGAUGGUGAACAUGCCAGGAGAGCGAUGCAAAAGGUGAUGGCUGCGACUGGUGGGAUGGGUAUGGGACCAGGUGGCCCAGGAAUGAUUAAUAUCCCACCCAGUAUCCUAAAUAAUCCUAACAUCCCAAAUGAGAUUAUCCAUGCAUUACAGGCUGGAAGACUUGGAAGCACAGUAUUUGUAGCAAACCUGGAUUAUAAAGUUGGCUGGAAGAAAUUGAAGGAAGUUUUUAGUAUGGCUGGUGUGGUGGUUCGAGCAGACAUUCUUGAGGAUAAAGAUGGGAAAAGUCGGGGAAUAGGCACUGUUACUUUCGAGCAGUCCAUCGAGGCAGUGCAGGCCAUAUCUAUGUUUAACGGCCAGCUGCUAUUUGACAGACCAAUGCAUGUGAAAAUGGAUGAGAGGGCCUUACCGAAGGGAGAUUUUUUCCCUCCUGAGCGGCCACAGCAACUUCCCCAUGGACUUGGUGGCAUUGGCAUGGGGCUGGGACCAGGAGGACAACCUAUCGAUGCCAAUCACCUGAACAAAGGCAUUGGAAUGGGAAACCUGGGGCCCGCAGGAAUGGGAAUGGAAGGCAUAGGAUUUGGAAUAAAUAAAAUGGGAGGCAUGGAGGGCCCCUUUGGCGGUGGCAUGGAGAACAUGGGGCGAUUUGGCUCUGGAAUGAACAUGGGCAGAAUCAACGAAAUCCUAAGUAAUGCACUGAAGAGAGGAGAGAUCAUUGCAAAGCAGGGAGGAGGUGGCGGCGGAGGCAGCGUGCCCGGGAUCGAGCGGAUGGGCCCCGGCAUCGACCGCCUCGGGGGCGCCGGCAUGGAGCGCAUGGGCGCGGGCCUGGGCCACGGCAUGGAGCGCGUGGGCUCGGAGAUGGAGCGCAUGGGCCUGGUCAUGGACCGCAUGGGCUCGGUGGAGCGCAUGGGCGCCGGCAUCGAGCGCAUGGGCCCCCUGGGGCUCGACCACAUGGCCUCCAGCAUCGAGCGCAUGGGCCAGACCAUGGAGCGCAUCGGCUCGGGCGUGGAGCGCAUGGGGGCCGGCAUGGGCUUCGGCCUGGAGCGCAUGGCCGCGCCCCUCGACCGCGUGGGCCAGACCAUCGAGCGGAUGGGCUCGGGCGUGGAGCGCAUGGGCCCGGCCAUCGAGCGCAUGGGCCUGAGCAUGGAGCGCAUGGUGCCCGCGGGCAUGGGGGCCGGCCUGGAGCGCAUGGGCCCCGUGAUGGAGCGCAUGGCCACCGGCCUGGAGCGCAUGGGCGCCAACAACCUGGAGCGCAUGGGCCUGGAGCGCAUGGGCGCCAACAGCCUGGAGCGCAUGGGCCUGGAGCGCAUGGGCGCCAACAGCCUGGAGCGCAUGGGCCCCGCCAUGGGCCCGGCCCUGGGCGCCGGCAUCGAGCGCAUGGGCCUCGCCAUGGGCGGCGGCGGCGGCGGCGCCGGCUUUGACCGCGCCAUCGAGAUGGAGCGCGGCAAUUUCGGAGGCAGCUUCGCGGGCUCUUUCGGUGGCGCUGGAGGCCACGCGCCGGGGGUGGCCAGGAAGGCCUGCCAGAUCUUUGUGAGAAACCUCCCGUUUGAUUUUACAUGGAAGAUGCUAAAAGACAAAUUCAAUGAAUGUGGCCAUGUGCUCUACGCCGACAUCAAGAUGGAGAAUGGGAAGUCGAAGGGGUGCGGUGUGGUGAAGUUUGAGUCGCCCGAGGUGGCCGAGCGGGCCUGCCGGAUGAUGAAUGGAAUGAAGCUGAGUGGCCGGGAGAUCGAUGUUCGGAUCGAUCGAAACGCUUAAGCGGUUGCCUUUUUUAAACAUCGAGACCAGACCUCUGAAUUUGUAUUUUUUCUUGUUAACCAUUUUAAUUUGUUGGCUGGAUGUAUAAAGAUGUUUAAAAAAUUCAGUUGCUUUUUUGGGGUAAUUUGAAUUACUUUUUUAAUGACCGGGGUUCCAUUUGACUGUUUGCAUUGAGAUUGCAAUGUGCGCAAUUUUUUUUGUAGUUGUGGCAUCUUGUUGACAUCGAAUAUGACUUUGAUAAUAAAUACCAGUUCCUGAAAGCUG